UCCUACUAUCGAAUGUCGUUUUGUUACGGUUUUCACAUCCCUAAUUUCACCUUGUGGAGGUCAAACGAUUCCUACUCGACAACCGGCGAAAGCAAUUUUCAAUUAUUUGCAAAGGUUAAAGAAGUCAACUUGACGAAAACUCUAAAUAAUUCAUAAAAGGUUUUGCUACAUUCAAACAUCAAAAUGCCGAUCAAAUCAAUCAAGGCUCGUCAAAUCUUCGAUUCGCGUGGCAACCCUACUGUAGAAGUUGACCUGGUAACAGAACUAGGCCUAUUCCGGGCAGCAGUGCCAUCUGGGGCCUCCACCGGAGUCCACGAGGCUCUGGAACUCAGAGAUAACGUGAAGGGUGAAUAUCACGGAAAAGGUGUCUUAACUGCCAUCAAAAACAUCAAUGACACUAUUGCCCCAGAAUUGCUGAAACAGAGUUUUGAAGUGACACAGCAAAAAGAAAUUGAUCAAUUCAUGAUUACCCUGGAUGGCACAGAAAACAAGUCAAAGUUUGGUGCCAAUGCCAUUUUGGGUGUUUCCUUGGCAGUGGCCAAAGCUGGUGCAGCUAAGAAGGGGGUUCCAUUGUACAAGCAUCUGGCAGACUUGGCUGGGAACAACAACAUAGUGCUGCCAGUGCCUGCAUUUAAUGUUAUCAAUGGAGGCUCCCAUGCUGGUAACAAACUCGCCAUGCAAGAGUUCAUGAUCUUGCCCACAGGUGCAUCAACAUUCAGUGAAGCCAUGCGCAUGGGGUCUGAAGUGUACCACCAUCUCAAAAAGAUCAUCAAGGAGAAGUUUGGUUUGGACUCCACUGCUGUCGGAGACGAGGGUGGCUUUGCACCCAACAUCCAGAACAACAAGGAUGCACUGUUCCUUAUUCAAGAUGCUAUUCAACAAGCUGGUUAUACUGGCAAGAUUGAAAUUGGUAUGGAUGUAGCUGCUUCUGAGUUCUUCAAGAAAGGCAGCUAUGAUCUGGACUUCAAGAACCCUAAGUCUAACCCAGAUGACUACUUAUCUUCUGAAAAGUUAGCAGAGGUUUACUUGGACUUUAUCAAGGACUUCCCCAUGGUGUCCAUUGAGGAUCCCUUCGACCAAGAUGACUGGGCUGCCUGGACAAGCCUCACAUCUCGCACUCCCAUCCAAAUUGUGGGAGAUGAUCUGACUGUAACAAACCCAAAACGUAUUACAACAGCAGUUGAGAAGAAAGCCUGCAAUUGUCUUUUGCUGAAAGUGAACCAAAUUGGCAGCGUAACUGAGUCCAUUGAUGCACACUUGUUGGCAAAGAAGAAUGGUUGGGGAACCAUGGUAUCUCACAGGUCUGGUGAAACUGAAGACACAUUCAUUGCUGAUUUGGUGGUUGGUCUGUCCACCGGUCAAAUCAAGACGGGGGCGCCGUGCCGUUCCGAACGUCUCGCUAAAUACAACCAGAUCCUGCGUAUCGAAGAGGAGCUGGGCGCUGCUGCCAAAUAUGCAGGAAAGAACUUCCGCAACCCUGUUUAAAAUUCUGCUAUAAAAUUAAACAAAACGAAUGAUCUAGUGUUUAUUGAAUGUCAUUUACAUUUUAGGGAUAUAGUCUCCCUAUUUUUAAAUAUUCACGUGUAUUUAUUAUAGUGAACUGGUGUAGUAUGGAUGUAUGUAACUGGUUUAUAUAGUAUGUUACAAAAUAUGCUUCUUAAAUUUAUUAUUUUAUAUUUGGAUUGAGUAUGUGUCAAAUGUGCGAUUCUUGUUAAUUUUAAGCAAAAAUUAUAAAUUAUUAUUUAAUAAAACUGUUAUUGUGUAA